AUUUCACUUCAUUUUUGCGUUCCUGUUGGCUACACUCACAUGUCUGCCCGACCAACGAAACGCCCGGCAUCGGAGAGCGACGAAGGCCGUCGCACCAAGGCCCGCACAUCGAAACGCAACCCGUCCAAGGACGAGGACGACGACGCUGGGUACCACACAUCGGACAGCGAGCCAGAGUUUGAUGCUGCACCGACGCGCUCCUCGUCGUCCGCCGCGGCUCCCUCGACGUCGUCGUCGUCGUCGUCAUCAUCAUCAUCAUCAUCAGCAGCAGCAGCCUCAGUUGGUGGCGCUGGCAAGCAAAAGUCGUCCGCAGCGUCGGCUGGAGCAAAGCACGCUGAUCUCGCUGCUGCAGCUCCACGAGGUGCUCGUGGCAAGAAGGCCAGCGCAGACCAAGCGAGCGAAGACGAGGACGAUGCUGACAAUGCCGACGACGACGAUGAUGCCGAGGACGACGAUGACAAUGGUCAGGACGAUGGCGCCGAUGAGGAUGGCAUGGAGGAGCUUGUUGGACCAGACGAAGAGAUCCAGGUCGAGUUUGACGCGGUCGGUCCCGAAGAAGCCGACUUUUUCGGCAUCAAGGCCAUCUUGGAGCACUGGUUCCUUGGAGUGAAUACCAUCAACACGUCAGAGAUUGCCGACACUGUUGUGGCACAGGCUGCCCAGCAAGACAUUGGAAGCGUCAUCAAGGUGGUGGAUGCCUACGGCGAAAUUUACGGUGUCAUGUCCGUGAUUAAUAUGCAAACACACAAGGAACUGGAUUGCAUCAAGCAAAUACGCCACUAUGUGCUGUCCAAGUGCGCGAAUGCACCAAACAACAUGGCGACUCGCCUCGCCCCGAUUCUGGAAGGCAGCCAAGGCCAUGUCGGCCUGAUUAUCAACGAGCGCUUUAUUAACAUUCCCUUCCAACUUGCGCCUCCGCUGCACGCCUCGCUGCAUCAGCAAAUCAAGCUCGCGCUCGAGGACGGCGAAGCAUUCGACUUUUCCCACUACCUGUUUGUCAUGAAGGCGUACAAGGACCUGCCGCUUCUCAACGACGAAGUCGAGGCCGAGUCUGCAGCCGCUGCCGCAGCGUCAGGCAAGAAGCCUGCUGCCAAGCCAAAGCGCGCCAACAUUGUCAUUUCCAAGCCCGACGCCAGCGUUCCACUCGAGUACGUCAACCCGGAAGACGAGAUCUUUGUCAAGCACGCGUCCAUGUCCUAUACCUUUGCGCUGCCAGUCACUGCAAGCGGCACCUCGGGAGUGAAGCGCUCGCUGCACGACACGCAACUCAAGCUCUUCCGCACGGUCGCCCUGCUGACCCGCGAGCAGGCUGAGACUGCUCUCGAGGAGAUUGCCGAGUCGCUUACCGGUGGUGUUGUGACGGAUUUGCUUGGUGCCAAGAUGUAGUGCCGCCAUUUUGUUGUUGUGCGUUCGUGUUCCACGCAAUACAAAACCAACAAAACCAACUUGACCAGCGU